AUGGCGGCGGAGCCCGGGUGGGAGGUGCGGUGUGAGGGGGUUCAGUGGCUGCGGGGCUCGGCGGGGGCGCAGUGCCGGCAAGAGGAGCUGGUGCGGCAGCUGCAGGCCAAGGUACUCAAGUACCGGACUCGGUGUCAAGAAUUGGAGCAGCAGCUGGCAGCAGGAGGGGGAUCCCUUCCAGGCAGGUGUGAAGAAGAUGAGCAGAGCCUGGAGAAAGCCCUGCUUGAGUUGGAAGAGGAGCAUCAAAGGCGUGAGAAUCUGGCAGAAGUGAAUGCUUUCCUGCGGGAGCACCUGGAUAAAGCGUAUGAGGUUAAUUCAGCCCUCAAAGAAGAUGUUGGAAAACUGAUGGCAGAUUGGAUGAGGGCGCGGGAGGAGCUGGAAUUGAAGGAGAGUGAAUGGCGCAAUGAACGUGAGCUUUAUGAGAACUACGUAAGGGGCGAACAUAACCGUCUGCUCAGGCUGUGGCGUGAGGUGGUGACCUUCCGCCGGCACUUCCUGGAGAUGAAGACUGCCACUGACCGAGAUCUUACAGAGCUGAAGGCAGAGCAGAUGAGGCUUUCUGGAGCUAUACUUGUAAACUGCUCCCAUCUAAACCCUGGCAUAGGGCUGUGGGAGUCCGUCACUCUGGGUAGACCUGUCCUGAGGGAUCAGGCACAGCAGCAAGCAGGACAGAAAAUAAACCAGAAGAGCGAGGAAGUGAUGUGCUUACAAGUUAAGGAGGACGUGGAGAAGAAGGAGCUUCAAGACAGGGUGGUGGAGCUCUCAGCCUUGCUUGUACUUUCUCAGAAGGAAAACGAGGAGAAGGAGAAGACCAUGAAAACACUGAACAGCACUGUGGAGUUACUAGAAGCAAGUCGGUUAGAGAAAGAAUAUGAAGCUUCAUUGACUAAAAGUGCUGAAGAAGAGAAUCUUUCCCUCCAGAAGCUGAUCAAAGCUAUAACUGAGGUGGUGUUAGAUGACAGUGACAGCGUGGCCAGCAUUGCAUUCGCUGACAGUUCGCAGCACAUCGAGUCUAACAACAUCCUCUCUACUCUGAGCUUCACUGAUGCAGAGCAUGCCUUUGUGUUGGUGCAGGAAGCAGUGGCAAGGAGGCGAGGGGCAACACAGGCCCUAAAAGAAGAGCUUUCUGCCAGGCAGGAUGCUAUCAAUGACCUGCUGCACCAGCACAGAGAGCAGGAAGGGAAGGGCAGGAGACUACAGCAAAGGAUUGAACAACUGGAGGAGGAAUGCAAGACGUCCAGCAGCCACCGGCAGCACCUGCAGUCUCUGGUAGAAGCACUCAGAAGUGACUGUGCAAACCUAGAGAAAACCAGGGAAGAGUUACAGCAACAGCUUGAAGUAACAGAGCAAGAAGCCUCACGUCUGCGUCAGAGUAACACUGAACUGCAGCUGAAGGAGGAUACAGCCCAGGGGGAAAAGGUGGAGCAGCAGCAGGCUCUGGAGAGAGCACAUCACGACAAGGAGCUCCUGCUGAAGGACUUAGCUGCACUUGAAGGAAAAAAUUCAUACUUACAGAGUGAGUUGUUAAUUGCAAGAGAGACACUGGAGGAAUUGCACCUUCAGAGGGAUCUGCUGAAGCAGGAGAAACAUGAGCUUAGCAUGGCACUGGAGAAGGCAGAGCAGUCAGUGGCAGAGUUGACAGGAGCUCAGAAUAAGCUGAGUGCUGAAACAGCUGAUCUGCGUGUUGCAACAGUGAAGAUGAGUGGUAUCAAUGAAGCUCUUGCAUUGGAUAAAGUGCAGUUGAACCAACUUGUGCUGCAGCUGGAGCAAGAGAAUGAAGCUCUGUCAGUGAAAGCGGAUGAGAUGGAGAGAGCAAAGAUCUCUGGCCAGGAUAAGCUGAGCUUGUGUGAAAGAGCAAAUGAAGAGCUCAGCACAGAGAAAGCCCAUCUGGAGCAGUUGCUGAAGAAAGCAGAGGAGCAAGAGGAGGGUCUGCGGGUAGAGCUGAGGACCCUGGCAGAGGAGAAGGCAGAAACCCAAGAGAAACUGAGUCAGGUUUACCACCAGCAAGAGUUGGCCAGAGGUGAGCUGGAGCAGCUGCGCCAGGAGUCCUGUCACCAAGAGCACGCGCUGGCCAAAGUGUCCAAAGAGAAGGAAUUGCUGGUACAUGAGAAGGCUGCCCUAGAGGUGCGUCUGGCAGCUGUGGAGAGGGACAGACAAGGCCUUUCAGAGCAGCUGGAAGAGGCCAGGUCAGUGAAGGACACCCUGGAAUCCAGGCUGUUUGAGGCUCAGCAGCACUUGUCUCAGCUGGAAAUUUCCAGGAGUCAGCUGGAAAUGCAGCUACACACAGUCACACAGGCCAAGGAGGUGAUCCAAGGGGAAGUGAAGUGCCUUGAAUGGGAGCUGGAAACAGAGAGAUCUCUGAUGAGGCAGGAACGGGAAGACAUGACACAACAGCUCCUGCAGACAGAGCAACAGUAUGACAAUACUCUCAAACUGUGUCAAAGUGAUCAUGAAGUGGAAAUAAAGAAGCUCCUGCAAGACCUGAACAUCACAGAAAAGCUGCAAGCAGAGCUGCAGGAAGCUCAGAGUAAGAUCAAGGCAGUGGAGAAGCAGCACAAAGAAGAACUUAAAACAAUCAAAGAGGAAGCGAAUGUCCUUCUUCAGCAGAGGAGUGCUCUACAGAAAGAGGUGGCGGAGCUGACAUCUCAGCUGGCAGCCUCUGAAGAGUCCCAGCAAGAGGUUGGCCGCAAAGCUCAACAAGAAGUGAGUGAGGCACAGGAACUGUCAAGACAGAAGGUGCUGGAGGUUGUGCACCUGCAGAAGGUCCUGGAGGAGAAGAGGAGUCGAUGGGAGGAGGUAGAAGAUCAGAACAAGGAGCUGCAGGUGUGUCUGCAGUCCUUGGAGGAGGAAAGGAGUCGAUGGGAAGAAGUAGAGCGUCACAACACAGAAUUUCAAGCCUCGCUGAAGGUCCUAGAGAGUGAAAAAGCCAGGCUGACCCUGUCUCUGGAAGAGAAGGAGCUGAGCCUCAAAGCGCUGGAAGAAAAGAACUCUGCCCAGCAUAACGAGGUGUCUCAGCUCCUCUCUGCUCUUCACCAGGCCCAGCAGCUCCAUUCAGACCACAGAAGGGAAAUAAAAGAGCUCAACAAGCAGAUAGAGUCACUGCAGGAGGUAGUGCUGGAGAAGGAGGCUGGCCUGGCAGCUCGGGAGAAGCAACUGCUGCAGGAUCUGGAGGAAUCUCGAGCAGGCGAGCGGUGCUUGAGGGACUCUGUGCAUGUGCUGGAGGCUGAGAUGUCUGAACUGCAGCUGAGGCUUUGUAGCACAGAGAACAGAGCAAAGGCAUUGGCUGUGGAGUGUCAGCAGGCUAAGAGUGCCCACUGUGAAGCCCAGUCCCAGCUGGACAAACUGCACUGGGUUCUGCACCGCAUGAUCUGUGACAGCAGAGACUUGGUCACCUGGAGUUCAGAACAGGGUCAUAUCUGGGAUCUGACUGUUUCUCAGGCCAGAGACCUCCCUGCAGAGCUCACAGUGGACAGAGUGGCAGCAGCCCUGCAAGACCUGCGCCAGCACCUGAAGCAGACUCAGCUUGAUCUGAGUGAUUCAAGGAAGAAGAUCCAGGACUUUGAGCUGGAGCUGAGUGAGAGGCAAGCUGAGAGGGACCGUUUCAGUGCCCACAAUCAAGAGCUGCAGAAACAGUUGGCUCAAAGUCAGGAAGAGACACAGAUGGCAGAACACAAGAAGAACUCUCUGCAAGUUGUCCUGCAGGAAGAGGCCACUGCUUUAAAGGAGGAGGCUAUGAGUCUACGUCAAGAGGUGGCAUCUUUGGAAAGGAAACUUGAGAGCGCUGAGGAGCAAAAAAAAGAUGUCAUGCACGAACGGGACAGACUGCAGGCAGUUAAAGAGAAACUAGCAGGUGAGAUAAAACUUCUUCAGGAAUCAGUGUCAGCCUCUGAAGCUCGAGCAAACACAGCAAUAGACAUGAAUCACUGCCUCGAACAAGAGCUUCAGACCACGUUGUCCAUCUUGAAAAUUAAAACUGAGGAAGUGGAAACCCAGCGGGAGAAAAUCCAGAUGCUCCAGAAAGAGAGAUCGGAGAUAAAAGCUUUGCAGGAGACCCUCACUCAUAUGACUGCUAUCCUGUCAGAGAGGGAGGGAGAAAUGAAGUUAUACCAGGAACAGAUGAGAAUGCUGGAAAACCAGGAAGAAGUACAUAAAGCUACUCUUGAUCAGUUUAUUAAGGACAUAACACAGAAAACCCAGAAGGUUGCAAUCCAACAAGAGCAGAUACGGGAGCUGGAGAAGCAGCAAGAAAUGCAGAGGACCGAGGUGAGAAAGAUGGGCAAAGAGUUGCAGGAGAGAGAGCAGGAGAUCAGGUUCCAGCAAGAGCAGAUACAGGAGCUGGAGAAGCAGCAAGAAAUGCAGAGGACUGAGGUGAGAAAGGGGAGCAAGCAGCUGGAGGAGAGGGACCUAGAGAUCAGGUCCCAGAAAGAGCAGAUACAAGAGCUGGAGAAGCAGCAAGAAAUGCAGAUGGCUGAUAUGAGAAAGGUGAGCAAGCAGCUGGAGGAGAGGGACCUGGAGAUCAGGUCCCAGCAAGAGCAGAUACAGGAGCUGGAGAAGCAGCGAGAACUGGAGAAGAUUGCUGUCAGCAAGGUGGGCAUAGAGCUGCAGGAGAGAGAGCAGGAGAUCAGGUCCCAGCAAGAGCAGAUACAAGAGCUGAAGAAGCAGCAAGAAAUGUGGAGGGCUGAGAUGAGAAAAGUGAGCAAGCAGCUGGAGGAGAGGGACCUGGAGAUCAGGUCCCAGCAAGAGCAGAUACAGGAGCUGGAGAAGCAGCAAGAAAUGCAGAGGAUUGCUGUCGACAAGUUGAGCAAAGAGCUGGAGAAGAGGGAUCAGGAGGUCAAAUUCCAGGAAGGGAAAAUAAAGAUGCUAGAACAGCACGGUGCAUGCCAAGUGAGAAAUCUGCUUCUGGAUCUUGAUCAUAUGAAAGGAAACUUGAAGGAGAAAAACUCAGAGCUUUUAUCUCUGACUCAGCAAAUUCAAGAACUGGAAAUGCACAGAGAAGAGGUGAAAUCUCUGCAGGCAAGCCUUGAACAGCUGAGGGCAGGUCUCAGGGACAGAGAGAAUGAGUGUGAUUCUCAAAGGGAUCAGUUAAGACUCUUGCAGCAGUACAAGGAGCAGCAAGAGGGGCAACUUCAAGAGCUUCAUGGUAAAGUUGAAAAGAUGGCACUUUCUUUAUCUAAGAAAGAUCAAGAGCUUGAGUCACAACAAAACCAAAUGCAGGAAGUUGAAGAAACCAUGGAAAUGCAGUUGAGGACUCUCCGUGACCAACUGGACCAGACCUUAGAAACCUUAAAAGGAAAGGACAGACUCAUAGACAUCCAAAAGCAACAAAUGAGAAGCUAUGAGGAAAAAACAGAAGAAAAGUUGCAUGUCUUACACAGAGACUUAGAAUACACUAAGGCAAUACUUAAAGAUAAGGAUGUAAUGAUUGAAUCUCAGAAUGAAGUGAUUGAAACCUUCCAGAAACAGGAACAAGACUCUGAACAGAAGAAGAAAAUUCUGCAACACCUUGAAGUGGCACUGAAGGAAAAAGAGCAAGAAAUUUUAUCCCUUAGAAAGCAAUGUGAGGCAUGCAAGGAAAAGGAGGAAAAGCUUGAAGCUGAGCAAACAAAUCUUCAAGCUACAGAAGUGACUCUGAAAGAAAGAGAAAAAAGGAUAGGGGUUCUGGAGGAGGCUGUCUCUGAGCUUCAGCAGCAAAAGGAGGAGGCAGCAAUGCAGGCUAAAGCCAUACUGCAAAAACUAGAACAUGCAGAAUCUUCUCUAGAAGCUAAAGAUCAAGAGAUAAUGUCCUUGCAGGAGCGUGUGCAGGACCUUCAGGAGCAGAAAGAGUUAGAAAGUAAGCAGGCCAAGAGUGUAGAGCAGGAUCUAGAAGAAAUGAGUGGGAUGUUGAACGAGAAGUGUUUGGAGUUCCUCAAGCAGACAGAGCAAAUGAGCAUGUUAGAGCUUCAGGGGGAAAACAUGAAAACAGCACUAGCAUCAUGGCAGAAGCAAGUGAAUCUGCUUGAGGAAGUGGUGAGGAAGAGGGAUGAAGACAAUGAAGCUCUGAAGCAAAAACUCCAGCACCAAGAAGAGGAAUUAAAGACCUUGCAGAAUCUCCAGCUUAGGCUAACUGAGAGCAAUGAGGCAGUUAGACAUCACCGAGAGCAAGAGAAGGUCCUGGAAGAAGUCUUGUCUGAGAGGGAGCGAGAAACCAAGGCUCACGGUGAGCAAAACGAGUUAAAAAAGGAAGUAAGAGCUCUUCAGGAAGAUCUCCAACAUGUUCAGCAGACUCUGACCAAGAAGGAUGAAGAGAUAAAGUCCCAGCAAGACAGAGUCAGGAAUUUAGAGGAGACUCUGACAGGAAAAGAACAAGAGCUUCAGAGGCAAAGCGAACUCCUAAAACAAUUCACAUCAGUUUUGCAAUGGAAAGAUGAAGGGGACACCCUAAAGAAACUAAUCCAAAAACUCCAAAAGUGGGAGGAAGUGGAAGCAGAGAAGAAGAGAGUGCUCCAAGAGAGAGACCAUUCGUUGCAAAGGCAGAAGGAGCUAACCCAGCAACUGGAAGAUGAAAGGAAGGCAAAGGGGAAAGAAUUGGAGCGUGUGAUUGCUAUUUUGAAGCAGACUGAAAGUGGAGAAAUUGAAUGGAAGGAGAAAGCACAAGCCCUGACUCUUGCCCUUAGGAAGUGUGAAUUGGCCAAUGGGACUUUGAGGAAAGAAAUAGCCAUCCUACAGACUGCAGUUUCAGAGAGGGACACGGACCGGUUUCAUCACCAGGCUGUUACAGAAGGAGAGCAGCAAUCAUGGCUCUCAGAGAAGAGGCUCCUGUCGCAGCGGCUGGAACGUCUGCAGCAGCAGGUCGCAAGGCUGGAAUUUGAGAAGACUGAGCUGAAGCAACUCAAUGCAGAGCUCAGGAAGACUCUUGAGCAGGUGGAGUGUGAACGGAGGAGGCUGAGGAGGUUUUACCGUGAUGGAUCGCUGCCAUCUGACAAGCACAAGAUGCCAGCUUCAAAACAGGAGGAGUCUCAUGCACACUGCAGUCAUCAGUUAACUGAGUUGCAGAACCAGGUUUCCCUUCUGCAGACACAGCUGGCACAAGAACGAAAAUACAAGCAGGACUACAUUGAGUGUUGUGCAAAGACCAGCCAGGAGCUGUCAGACCUUCAUCAGGAGCUGUCUUACUCCUUAGCAACGGUGCUCAGGGAGCCCAAAGCUGCUGUUCUGGAGGCAGAGACUCGGAAGCUGGGUCAGUCUCUGAACCUUAGCUUGGCACUAGUACCUGUGGACCAUCAGUCUCCUGGGAGACAGCUGUUGCACUCAACAGCCAGAUCUGGCACAAGUGAUGACCUGAGCUAACGUGACGAGUAUACAGCAA